AUGGAUAUAGCGUGGAUGCGCGUAGAGCCGGCCGGGGCUGGCGGUGGCGCUGGGGAGUGCGAGCGGCAGGAUUGGGUGAAGGAAGGAACAGAGGGGAGGUCGACGCAGGCUUUAAUACCACCGGCGCUGCACACCCUGUUAUGGAUUGCAAGAUUGCUGGGCGCAGUGCCGGCUCGUAUGGUGCGUAAGCGCACCGGCUGGAGGCUCUCAGUGGCACCGGCACUCGUCAAACUACAGCGCCUGAUUGUCGUCAUGACCUGUAUUCAGUAUAUCAACCAAUGCCACGGGGAGAUAUGUGACAUCGUGGGAGAUAUUAACGACAACGAGGGACCGUUCCUGCUCAUCUCAUUUAUGUACUUAUUCCUGCAGUUACUGACAAUGCCACAAGAAUUGAUAGUUAACUACGGUUCAUCCCCCACAUACGAAAUAAUAUUCCGGAUAAAUACAAUUUUUGUCACUUUCUUGGACGUAUUGGUUAUGGUGGAACCGUGUCAGCGACUGCAGGAUCAGAUGGUCCGCACCCGAAACUUAUUGGUUCGGUUGGAGAGUCACACCCAGGAUGAGCAUUGCGGUCUCGACUGGGCCCAACUGGACUUGUUCAGCCUCCAGGCUCAGUUACGCGAAGCUGGUAUAUCGCCCAUGGGCGUUAUAGCCAUCACCAGGCCGACAGUGGCGUCGUUAAUCGGCGGCGUCGUUACCUUCUUGGUUAUUGUAUUUCAAAUUACUAAUACCUCAAAGACUACAAUGUCGUAAAUGAGCUAGUCA